AUGCGCACGUUUCUCCGCUAUUUGGGAUUAUUAUUUAUUCUCGCCGUGUUUAUCGCGUCUGGUUUACAACAGAUUGUGAAUCCCUCUGUUGGUGCGGCGUUAUUGGCAAAGAGCAAUUUCCCACAGAUGCUGCAGAUGCUCGGUGUGCAGUACCGCCUGCGUGCUGUGGACUACACUGCGGUGAUUCAGGCAACAGGAGCCGUCUUUCUUGGCUUUUCGCUCUUUAUUCUUCUCGGUGUGGGCCGUGGCUUCUUUGCUUUCAUGUUGGCGUUGGGCACUAUUGUGGUGACCAUCGCCUUCCACGUCAAUCUGGAGAAUCCACGAGCGACGACGGAGAAUGAUCUCUUUCACGUGAUGAAGAAUCUCUCCAUCACAGGCGCUCUCCUUUUUGUUGCGGGUAGUGGCCACAGAUCUCAUAACUUCUCCAAGGCUCAUCGUGAAGUAUUACAGGAGCACAAGAAAAAGUAA